CCGAUGGCCGUCGCUUCUGCGUGGUGGGUUACCGACCAGUCAUAAUGUCACCCAGCAACGAUUACAUAUGUCAAUCUCUUACCUUCUGCCACGUGUCCGGUUCUCAGAAUUCGGAUCGGUCAUACCUCGUACGGGUUGGUCGCUCGGUAGCAGUUGUAUCAGUAAUGCGGCGCUUGCCGGGGAAUCACAAUUAGCAGGUAGCAAUCUUGGUCGUCGUUGUCGUGCGGGUGCCUCUCUUCUCCCAUGUCCUUUCCAUGGACAAGGCGGGGGGGCGUUGGCUAUGGCGAUCGAGCAAGCCGAGCACGACCCUGCUUGCCAUGUAUGUCCCCCUGCAGGACUUGGUCGUCGGCUUCAUGGCCCCACCAUCAUCCAGUCCGAGAGGCAAGGAUGGACUUCGUUUCCUGACACCUUCCGCGGCGGCUACAACAUACCCCCCUGCCAUCGUCGCUGGAGCUCGGUCUGCCGCCAUAGCCGGAUCUACGACGACGUUGUUGUUCUUAAGCAGUCGCUUAUGCCCUCGGGCGGCAAGGGCAGCAGCAGGAUCUCAGAUGAUGAUGGUACGAUUUGGCGGGAACGUGGGUCAACAACGUCGUCGGCGGGAACGCUCUCUUCCUCGAACAUUAUUACCCCCUUUCCCGCCCAAAGGUUAGGGGCAUUUCCCGCCAAUUUCCCGUCGCCCGGAUGGCGGGACUCGAUCGGCAUAAGGCGCAUCUUGGAGGAUGAUGCUUUGGCGGCUGCGCAAUCUCGAGUCAACGCUCUUGCGCCGCCAUCGGGUGUGGCGGCGGCGGCGGCGGCGCAAUCUCAAGUCAUCGCUCUUGCGCCGCCAUCGGGUGUGGCGGCGGCGGCGGCGGCGGAAUCUCAAGUCACCGCUCUUGCGCUGCCAUCGGGUGUGGCGGCGGCGGCGGAGAAUACUGUACCUCGUAGCGAGAGUUCCCGUUUGAGCGGCAUGGCUAGCACCAACAGCAGUAAUAGCAGUAGUAGCCGGAGGUCUUUGGAUAUGCAUUAUUAUGGGUUGGGAGGAAGAGGAAGAAGAAAGGUGGGGGGUUGUGUGAGAGAGAGAGACGCCAUGCCGCUGGAGCUGUCAGCCAUGGUACCGAGGCUGAACGAUCGGCGAUGCUUCGGUGCCAUCGCCGGCGGAGUAGGGUUACCUGGACCGGGACCGGGACCGGGACCGGCAAUUUCGAGGAAAUGGCCAGCGAGGAAGGAGGAGGUGGAGGCGGAGGAGGAGGGGAAACGAAGGACUGCAAUCCCGGCGGGGAUUGCUUCCUCCACGCUGUAUCGUGUGUCCCAGCAGCUCAGGAGAGUUUGUCGCUCCUCCCUCUGCUCCGUGUCGAGCAGCACCGAGGACGCAGGUGGGUGGAGAUUCACCGGAUGGUGGGGAAGGGAAUCGGAAGGCAAAUUGGAGAACGUUGUGGGGGGUGGAGGGGGGGUAGACGAAGGGGGGGGGAGAGAAGUAGGAUCAGAGGGGGGGGGGGACGGAAGAGGGGGCGGAGCAGAUAGUGGGGGGGGGACCAAAGAAGGAGCGGAGUUGAGCGGGAAACCUUCGACAGAGGACCUGCUCAAAGACAGACAGCUUCAGGCAGUACUCAUGCAGGGGCCAUGCAAUCUUCUCUGUAUCGCUCCAAUUUUAACGGAUGUCCCGAAGGACGAAGCUGUAGCAGUAAAAACUAAAGUAGGGGGAAUUACAGUUAGGGAAACUGCUGUACUGAAAACUGCAGCAGUGGAAACCGCAGCAGUAGAAACUGCUGCAGCGAAAACUGGACCAGUGGAAACUGGAGCAAUGGAAACUGCAGCAGUGGAAACCGCAACAGUGGAAACUGCAGCAGUGGAAACUGCAGCAGUGGAAACCACAACAGUGGACACUGCAGCAGUGGACACUGCAGGAGUGGAGACUGCAGCAGUGGAAACUGCAGGAGUGGAGACUGCAGCAGUGGAAACUGCAUCCACCUCAUCCUUACAAUGUGAUCAGGCAACGAAUAGCAGGGAGUCCGGAACAGCAGGCAGCGUCCAUGAAGCCGGCCGUGCAAGUGGCUCUGAUUCCGCGGCUAGAAGCGCGGUCGAGGCAGCUGCUGGGGCUGGAGGGGUCGCCAGGCACGAAGCUGCAUGGCUGAAACGCUCAGCUUCUCAGCCCCCCUUUGAGAUGCGGAUGCUGGAAUGUAUGUUGGAAAACGUUGUCCAUGGGUUAAAGCUGGGUUAUGUCGAGCUCGGUCCCGAGGUUGCGGAGGUGUUGGGAUUAUUUGUGAAGGCAGAGGGGCAAGAAGUGUUCAUAGACGAUCAGCGAAGGUUGCUGCGAUUGAGAAAUCGGCUUCUGCGCUUCAACAUGAAGGUUAACCAGAUCAGCAGUGCCUUGAAAGAGCUUUUGGCAAACGAUGAGGAUAUGGCCCAGCUUUACCUGACACGAAAGGCAGAGCUUGGAGGAGAAGUUCGAACGCACGAACAUAGUGAGGUGGAGGAGUUGCUUGAAAAUUACUACAAGCAAGUCGAGGAGGUGGUUAAUGAGGUGGAGACUAUGCUGUCGACGAUCGAUGCGACGGGGGAGUACCUACGUACUGUGCUAGACAGCUUACGGAAUGAGUUGAUUAGAAUGGAUGUGAUGCUUAACAUGACCACAUGCUCCUUGGCCGCUGGAGGAGUCCUUGCCGGGGUCUUUGGAUCUGUUUUGGCAAAUUAGCACCUCAGGGAUUCACCAGAUGUUUGGGUUGCAUUACGCACCCCUUUAAACCCCUUUAAAACCCGUU